AUCAUCACAUACAACACCGGCUACAGAGAGAAACCCAAACACUCAAACAGCAGGAACAUGCAAAGCGAACCGGCGGAACCGGAAUCGGGUCGAGAUGAAGAGCUGCACGAGAAGCUCCGGAGUUUACAGGAUGAGAAUGAAGCUCUCAAAAGUGAGAUUCAGGAGAUGCGUGUGGAGAUGGAGGAGAUGCACGAUGCGUUUUAUGAGGAAGACACCUGCCGGCUACAUGAGCUGCGACGAGAGCUCGAGCGAGCUAAUAAAAACUGCAGGAUCCUGCAGUACCGCGUGCGCAAAGCCGAGCGCAAACACCUGCGAUACACGUCAGGCCAAGAGAUUGACGAAGAACUGCUGAGGAACCUGGAGCAAGACCUGAAGGUGGCGAAGGACGUGUCGGUGAGGCUCCACAAUGAGCUGAAGAACGUGGAGGAGAAACGCACAAAGACAGAAGAAGAGAACGAGAGACUGAGAGAGAAACGCAUCGAGCUGGAGGUCGACAAAGAGACACUGCAGAACGAGCUGGAGAGAGCCAGAGAGUGUCAGAAGAGGAGAGGCAGUAAAGAUGCUCAGAGGACUGAGAGGAAGAACACUCAGAGCCUCAGUGAAGAGGACAGCGAGGAUCUGAAGUGCCAGCUGUCCUUCAUUAACGAGGAAAUGACGCUCAUGAGGAAGAAGAUGGCGAAGCUCGACAAGGAGAAGGAUGACGCGGAGCAGGAGCUGCAGAAGUAUCGCGCCUUUUACGGUGACUUCGACAGCCUCCAGUUUAAAGGUGAAGCCGUGGGCCCCCCCACCGCCCGUCAGUCAGAGCUGAGGCUCCGCCUCCGAUUGGUAGAAGAGGAGGCCAACAUCCUUGGGCGCAAGAUCGUCGAGCUGGAGUUGGAGAACCGAGCUCUGAGGGCGGAGCUCGACAACAUGAGAGGAGAAGAACUGUCUCCAGGAGCAACAGGGGGUGUGGCUGAUGUAAAUCAAGGGGCAGGGCUUUCUGAACUGAGGCAGCAGUUGCAGCUAGUGGAAGACGAGGCGGAAUUUUUGCGGCGGACUUUGGCAGACACGGAGGAGCAGAACAGGAAAGUGAAGAGCGAGCUGAAGAAGCUGCGGUUUAAAGAGGCAUCGAGGCACGCGGCUGAGGGAGGAGCUCUAUUGUCGGAGGACGGGGCUAAGGCUAUGGAGAUGUUGAAGGAGGAGCUGAAAGCAGCACGGCUGCAGGUGAACGAGCUGAGCGGAAAAGUGAUGCAGCUGCAGUAUGAGAAGAGGGUAAUACUUAAUAAACAGAGUGAUGAUGGCAGAAGAGAAGAAAGAGGAGGAGGAGGAGGAGGAAAAGAAAGCAGAGGAAGAACAGAAGAAGAGGAAGGAGGACAAGAAAAAGGAGGAGGAAAUUUAGAAGAAGGAACUAGAGCAGAAGAAGCAGUGAAAGAAAGAGAAGAAGGAGGAAUGGGAGAACAGGAAGGAGGAGGACAUGAGGAAGAGAAGGGAGAUAGAGGAGUAGAAGGACGAGGAAGAGGAGAAACCGCAGGUGGAGGUGGAAGAGAAAGAGGAAAAAGUGGAAGAGAAGAACGAGGAGGAAGAGAAAAACAAAGUGACUCCUCCUCGUCAUCACUCCUUCCUCUCCAUCAGAAGCGUGAAGGCCCCAUCGGCGGUGAAAGCGACUCAGAGGAGUUCCUGCACUCGUCUGUUUCUCCUCAUCCCCUCAUCCGUCGCUCCACUCCUCCAACGCUCCCUCGUUCACCUCGCGAGCGCCAGCGCGUGACGGAGAUCCGGGCCGAGGCAGAGCGUCUGACGCACACCAUCGAGCUCCUCAUCGCUCACACGCAGGAGUUUGUGGCUGAUGGAGAGCAGACUGGAGGAGAGGAUGGUGAUGGAGCUGAUGAUGAAGACGUGAGGACACGUGAACGGCAGCUGCUCCAGCGCAUCGGCACACAGAUGAACGAGUUCAGAAACGAGCUGCAGGGGUUUAUGGGAUUUAUAGAGACACUGGACGGAUCCAAACGGGAGGAAACGCAUCCGGAAGAGCGGCUGUCUAAUUACAGGAGGCGCGCCUCUCAGGAAAACCGGGACCGCAGCACCCAGAGUGGACAGCGGACUACGUUCCCCAGAGCGUUUUGCUGACCAGAGCCACAGGAACUUUAAAUUACAAAGACGGAGUGCCUUCAUU